GCUCGUUCUCGGGGUGUGAUUUAGUAGAUGCGCCAAGGGCACCUAACUUCUGCAGUCAUCCUGCACAUUCAGCCCGCGCGGGGCUGGUAAAAGCUGGCAAUCGUGUAUAAGGCUUGGUUUAGUAUCUCUUUCUUCCAACGGUAACAGGACCAAAUCAACUGGACAGACCAACAUGCGGUUUCUCUGCUUACAUGGGAUGGGUGAGAAUGGAAGGGUCUUCGAGGCUCAAACCGGUGAGUGAUAGGUCGAUCCAUAUGUUCUGAAUUGCGAGGCUGAGAUCGCAUAGCGGCCAUACGCCAUCGGCUUGGCCCUGAUCACACCUACGAGUGGUUGGAUGGAUCGGUGCCAACCGAUAUGGCCCCUGGCCUCGAGACGGUCGCUAUGCCAAGCGACGAGUUUCUAAUGUAUGUUGACGAUAGCCAGGAGAGCCGUGUGCGACUCCUCGCGCAUCUGCAGGAGUUUGUGGCAGCCGAGGGGCCCUUUGAUGGGUUAUUUGCUUUUUCCCAUGGGGCCAGCUGCGGUGCAACGCUACUCUUGCAUGAAUUGCAGAAGAAUCCCCAGGCAGCCCCAUUCCGCUGCGCUAUCUUCUUCUGUGGCGGGCCACCGGAGGAUCCCAAAAUGUUGCUAGAAGGGGAUCGACGGGUCGUGGACGCCGCAACCGAUGGCGAGGUCUUGGAUCUCCCCACGGCGCAUAUCUGGGGGCGGAAUGAUCAUCGAUAUGCCUUCGGGCCCCAACUCAGCUCGUUGUGUAGCAGCGCUAAUCGUGAGGUCUUCGUGCAUGACGGUGGUCAUGAGAUCCCUGGGCCGCGCGAUCCUGAGGAUGUGAGGCAAGCGGUGCAGGUCAUCAAACGGACGUUGGCUAGAGCUACAGCAGAUGAGUCUGUGUGAAUAAAAUGAACGGACUGGUCAAAAAUAACUAUUGAAUACAUGA